GGUACAACGAAGCAGUUCCGUUUGAGCUACCUACUUGACAUUUGGAUUUGCAAAAAGCAAUCGAGGAUUUUAGCCGCGUCGAGUAUAUCAACAACUUCAUCUGAAGCAUAAGCAGGAUCCGUGUAAAGCUAAAGUAGGAAAUUCCAAUUUUCCAACAAGAAACUCGACUCUUAUUUUCCAUUUGAGUUGUAAGUACUUGUAUCGCAUUGUUGAAUGACGAUCCGGUUGAGCUGGGUCUUGCAGCGGCAAACAAAAGAGCUCUUGUUGCAGCGGCAAUUGAGGCAGUUUCUGCGGAGAUGGCGCCGCAAGUUGAACAGCCCCAGGCCGUUCCACCUGUCGCCCCGCGCCCGGCUGUUGCUCGCGAGCCCUUGCCAAACAAUUUGCAAGAUUGGUUCGCGAAAGUCGAAAGAAAAGAAGUGAACGCCGCGACGGCUCGCGCUUGGCGGAAGAUCCACGGCACUGCGAUCCAGGCGGCAGCGGUGUGCUUCGAGAAGAAGCAAAAGGAGGACGGGGCAGAGGUUGCAGUCAAUUUCCCAGACGACUGCGCGCGAAAAGUGUUCAGCUUUCUCCAGGGGGAACGGCCGGCCCCAAGUGCUACGCGUAAUCAGGCACCGACGUUGACGCACGCGGACAAAAUCUUCCGGACUUAG